CCCUCCAAAUGUCACAAUGUAGCUUGUUCAUCUCCGUCCCCCGAAAUCCAAAGAGAAAAGGAACUAAACAGAAAUCAUCAGGAUCCAUCUUCUUCUCCUAUAUAUAUGCCACCUUCCGCCUUCGCCUUGGUCUCCGUCGUCACUGAUCCCAUCCGGCCGGCGACGGCCACCGUGACUCCCCUGACCUUUUCCCCCGACCUUCUCCAGAGAAGAGAUCAAUCAAAUCAGAUUAACCAAUUAGCAGGGAGGGAGGGGAGGCAAGGCAAGGCAAGGCAAUGGCCACGACGACGGAGGUGGAGGGCCCGCCGCCGCCGCCGGCGAAGCGCGGCCUCCUGCGGUACAACUCGCCGCUGGCGCAGGUGUCCCUGCUGGGGCUCAUCUGCUUCUGCUGCCCGGGAAUGUUCAACGCGCUGUCGGGCCUCGGCGGCGGCGGGCAGGUGGACGCCAGCACCGCCGACAACGCCAACACGGCGCUCUACGCCUUCUUCGCCGUCUUCGGCGUGCUCGGCGGCGCCGCCCACAACCUCCUCGGCCCGCGCGUGACGCUGAUGCUGGGCGCGCUCACCUACCCGCUCUACGCCGGCUCCUUCCUCUUCUACAACCACCACCCGCACAAGCAGGCGUUCCCCGUCACGGCCGGCGCGCUGCUCGGCGCCGGCGCGGGCUUCCUCUGGGCGGCGCAGGGCGCCGUGAUGACCUCGUACCCGCCGCCCAACCGCCGGGGCACCUACAUCUCCCUCUUCUGGUGCCUCUUCAACCUCGGCGGCGUCCUCGGCGGCCUGCUCCCUUUCUCCUUCAACUACAACAGUGGUGACGACCCCAAGAACGUCAACGACAGCACCUACAUCGCCUUCAUGGCCUUCAUGCUCGUCGGCGCCGGGCUCACCGUGCUCGUGCUGCCGCCCGCCAGGAUCGUCCGCGACGACGGCACCAAGGCCACCAGGGUCACCUUCUCGUCCCCGGCCACCGAGGGCGUCGAGAUCCUCAAGCUCUUCGCCAACUGGAAGAUGCUGCUCGUGCUCCCGGCCGCCUGGGCCAGCAACUUCUUCUACACCUACCAGUUCAACAACGUCAACGGCGGACUCUUCACGCUCCGCACCAAGGGACUCAACAACGUCUUCUACUGGGGCGCGCAGAUGAUCGGCUCCGCCGGAAUCGGCUACUUCCUCGACUUCGGAUUCGCCAGCCGCAGGAAGAGAGGGCUGGUCGGAGUCGUCGCCGUCGCCGUCCUUGGAACGGCCAUUUGGGGAGGGGGUCUGGCGAACCAGCUCAAGUACAGAACUGUGCCGUUGCUCCACCCCAUCGAUUUCAAGGAUGGCCACCGCUACGCCGGACCGUUCCUGCUCUACUUCAGCUACGGCCUGCUGGAUGCCAUGUUCCAGAGCCUCAUCUACUGGAUCAUCGGUGCCCUCGCCAACGACUCCCAAAUCCUCAGCAGGUACGUUGGGUUCUACAAGGGAGUGCAGAGUGCAGGAGCGGCGGUGGCAUGGCAAGUGGACAAGCAACACACCCCCCUGAUAUCCCAGCUGAUUGUGAACUGGGGGCUCAUGACCAUCAGCUACCCAUUGCUUGUGCUGCUGGUGUUCCUGGCCGUGAAGGACGAGGACUACUCUGUUUCUUCAGUGGAGGAGGACGGCAAGGAGAAAGAUAGUAAGCUGUCAGCACCAACCAGCUUCCACUAAGGAUGAUAGAUCACGAUGUUACGGGUUUUUCAUCAAAGUUGUAGAAAUCAAGAAACAACUGAAGUACCUAUGCAAAGAAUAUUUAGGGUGUGGCGUUUUUAUGUAUGUGGAUUACCUGAUGGGGAUGACAGUAUUCGUUUGGUGAUUAUUACUAUUCUCUCCGUGUUAGAUUGAGCAUGCUUGCAUCUACUCCUUGUCCGUGGUGUAACAUAUGCCAUUUUUGAGCAAUGAAAGGUUUAUUAUAUUCC